CCCGAAUUCUAGUCGCUAUUUCCCACUGUUGGGGCGGCGCCAACGAUACUCCGGUCUGCUGACCCGGGUUUGUUGCGGGUAUCUUUCCGAGCGAACAAGCGAGCUCCUCCGAGACUAUUUACCAUUUUUAUGCCAGAAACACUGUCGGUCACAUCGAAUAUCUUCCAUUAUAUGUCGGCCCAUUGUGAGGAUGCACGGCUCUCGCUCGGUAAAACGAAUUCAGCAGGCGUGUGAGCCGUGUCGACGAAAGAAAUCCCGAUGCCCUGGCGAGCGACCUACGUGCUCAUACUGUCAAAGGCUGGGCCAGAAGUGCGCAUACAACAUUGCCGCAACAUCUGUACAUGAGGCGCCCCAUGCACCAGCUCAGACACACACAGUCCACCAACGACGAAUAGAACACCGCAUAGACAGCCUAGAAGGAAAGCUGGAUACGCUUAUACGCCAACUCAGGUGACAAAGUCAUUCCCCUGCCACAGCGAAGACUAUCUACUAACGGAGUAUACAAAAUCAAGCGAUGAUAAUGAUGAAAAUGCGGUAGCAGUCGCUUCUAACCCACCACCGCAAGUCCAUAAUGCACGCCAUACCAGAACGCGCGUUAGGGGUCUGGCUCCCUCAAACAGCACGCGAGCCAAGAGCCCCGACGGGAUAAACCUACCAAUGACAAAGGAGCAUAUGCUCGCCAUGGGCCGCCUGUAUAUGUCUUGGUGCCAUGCUCAACCUAUCAUGCUGUUCAACCCCGAAUCGUUCCUUGCCUCGCUCGAGUUCCGCGACCGAGAACUUCUACUAGCCAUUCAAUCUUUCGGAUAUCGGUACCCUCCCGGGAUAUUAUCACCACAACAGCGCGAUCAAAUUGCUCUCACCGAGCGAGAGGCAAAGAACCUAGUUAUGGAUCGCAUUGCAGAUUCCGAGAUUCAGCUGUCGACACUUCAGACACUUUGUCUUCUCAGCCUUUCCGAGUUUGCCGACGGUAAAGUCGCCCAGGCAGGUCUGACGCUCUCCAUGGCUACGCAUCUCGCGCGAGCUGUUCAGCCAGAUAACACACUCGGAGAUGUACAAGAAUUCAGCGACUGCGCGCGGAGCAUUGUCAUGCUGCAAAAUCUCCAGGGUGGCGUCUCAUCAUCACCACAUAUAGCCGAUAAUAUCGACGCCGUCGAACGCGGCUUCGGCGCUGCCUUUGCAGGAGGAGCUCGAAGUAUGACGGCAGAAGAACAGACAGGCGUGCCAGAGAGCAGCUGCCAAAUGGAUUCUGGCAUCAUGCGUUAUGCAGCAGAGUUGAGCCAGAUAUGGCGAAUGACCAGAGCCUAUGCAGCGUGUCGAGUCGGGUCCAAAGCACCUCCACCAUGGAAUCAACAGUCCGACUACUCAUGCGUGAUGCAGAUGCAUCUAGAGUUUGACUGCCGGGUACCGGUGAAGUAUCGAUUCGCAGCCAAUAAAUUUGGGGACCAGGACCAAAAGUCCAUCGAACAGCAGCGACACUACUGGGGUCCGUGGUUAUUCAUCCAGAUUGUCUACUCAGUCAUCCCGUGCAUCUUGAAUCAUCCAUUUCUACUGUCAAUGAGGCUCAAGAGCUUCCGGCACACGAUUCCACAGUCUUUUAUCCACCAGUCAUUUGAACAUCUCAACCGCCACGCCGGAUGGAUCAUGUACUUUAUCGAUCUUCUGGAGAAGAAGGCAUUUUACUUUGCCGAUUUAUCCAUAGCGCACUGUAUUGCGGUAGUUGCUACGAUUCAUCUGCAGCAUAGUUUUGUGCAGGACCAAGAACUACGCGACAGGGCACAGCAGGGAUAUGAGCAGUGUCUGGACUUUUUGCAGCGCCUGGGAGGAACUUGGCCAAGUGUGUCUACCAUGGCGAACAACUUGGAAAAGCUACGAGCUAGCAUCGUGGUAGUCGAGUCGUCACACAUGGAUGAGAGGGCUAGUGGCCAGCCGUCGUUUGCUAUCGAUGCCCAGCUGCUGUGGGAUAUCCUAAUUUAUGAAAGAGCCGGUCGUGAGCAUGCCAGUGUAGAUCAGUCCAUCUUUGGAAAUACGCUUAGCAUCGGUGUGGCACCGCGAGAACAAGACGACUCACGCGGGAACGCCGCCGAGUUUGACCUCGUCGGGUCAGCGGGCAUCUCGGGCCACAAAGCGGUCUCCAAAGAAACGCCAGUCUAUGCGCCACAUGAAGAAACUCUACGACCGAGUAUGAUGCAUCGUUAUGACAGACUGGGUGGUAAUGGCCCAGACGAUGUGCCGACUUUUGGUGGCAGCAGCACUGCGGUACAAGAUCGGUUCUUUGAGGGCAUGGGCGGCGACCAGGAACAUUUGUUUCUACAGGCACAUGAUUUUGGCAAGGCCAUUGAUAGUUGGCUUGAAAAGUAUUAGGACUACAUAAUUAGAAAUACACUCUGUCUUUGGUCUUCACCACGCCAGUUCGCCCGUGUCUACCCGGCUUGCUGUACAGUCCAGGCUGGCGCACAAGUUGAUGUCGGCCUGCAUCCUGUCUGGAAUCUUGUGCUUCGGGACUGCUGGCCAAAUCUGACGCCCAGCAUCCUGCUCCUCUCGAUGAUGCGAUGUGAUUAAAUCGUGCGUCAUUUGUUGAAAGAAGAGAGGGCCCUGUACGGUGGUUAGCCAAAUGUGAAAACUGCAAGGACUCGAGAUUAUGCUGCGUCGCAUUGCAAAGGUCCUUAUCCUCUUUCAUAACUUGCUUGAAAAAGUCGCUGACAUGGGUAAACUCUUCGUCUGUAGAGUCAUUGUGGCGGUAUACCUCGUACUCCAUGGACGUCUGCGUAGCGGAGAUGGGAAUAACGCGCUGAAUAAAGAAGAAGAUUGGCCUGGCACAUGCUUGUAAGUAAAGAUAUGAUGACGGAAGACUGUGUACGCACGAAAGGGUUAUCGAAGUGUUGGGAUACAUGUAGGUGCUGAAAUUUCCGAGACCCUUGCGGUCAGCAUGGUCUACUGCAAAAUGUUGGAUGUGUGAUCCGGCUGUUUCGACCCAAUACUUGUUGAGGUCGGUCACUGCGGGAAGACCAGGAUGUCCCGUGGGACAAUGAUAGCACUGCACGAAUCGUUAGCAACAGAAUAAAAAUUGAUGGACAGGUUAUUUGCCUCGUUAUAAUUAUCAGCUAGAACUUUCCAGUUGUAUUCGCCAAUCAUAUCCCACGAGUGAUCGUAGUGGUAGUCGUCCAUAUUGAAAAUUUCGAAGCGUGGCUGUUCAUCAACGGACGCAAAGUCCGCCUCCCAGGAGAAAGACGGGGUUUCAGCAGCAUCCAGAUUGACCCAUACAAAGCCCAGCUUGUCAAUAUGCACAUGCACCUUGUACAGGCCGUUUUCUUCCUUGUUGAAGGAAGGGAUCUCCUGGUACUUUGGUGCCUUGGCCAGCUUGCCAUCAAAUCCAUACGACCAGCCUAUUUCUUGUCAGCAACAAAGUACAUAGUAGCAGUACCCCGAAAUGACCAAGUAACAAGUUCGUUACGUACCGUGAUACUUGCAAGCAAGAGUCAUCUUCUUGCCGCUCUCAUUCUCUACCAGCGGAUACGCCCUGUGGCGGCAGACAUUAUGAUGGCCCCGAAUCUCCCCGUUUCGAUCCUUGAUCAGGAAAAACGAGUAUCCAGCUUCGGUAAUCUUGACAUAACUGCCAACUUCAGGGAACCGCAAUUUGUGAGUGAUAAGGAUCCAUUUCUUGGAAAAGAUGGCGCGGCGCUCCAGCUCUAGCAUCGCUGGCGAAGUAUACCAAUUAGCCGGCAGUGCGAGAACCGUCUCCGGUUCGGCUUGGGAAGCGGUCGUACUGGAAGUAAGCCAACUUAACAUGAUGCUUUAAACAGAAGCGUAAAAUUUAUUUUUUCCUUUCUUCCAAGCAUCUACUCUCAAGAAAAAUUAAAAAGAAGAUGGUAGAGUCCGCGGGCAGUGCUAGUUAUAGCACCCCCAUGUAGUGGCGGCCAAACUAAAUGAUUGCUCCGUGCGCUGUUGUUGUUAGCACAGUACACUUGUGGCGCUGUGGCUCGGCACUGUGCGAUCUUUCAACGCAACAGUUUCUCUCAAGGUACUUCUUCUUUUAUAUUCAGUCGUUCCACUUUACUGAGGAAUACUGCCGUGGAAAACUCAACUGCAUACGGCUCUCCGGCGCUUGUCCACAGCACCUUUGUUAGCGACGAACGCACGUCAUCUGGGUUGGUGAUGUGAAGUGCAUCACACACUACUAUAGCACUCGCUAAAAACCACUGGGGCCCAAUGGUUUCUUUCGACGUGCAGUAUCCCAGGAAUAGCAUCCAGAGAUACCAGUUUCGCGAAUCUCCCUCCAAAGUGCUUGUCUGGUCCAUAGUGGGUGCCAAAGCCGCCUGCAGACGUGCCGCCAGCUCGCCCAUUAGUGAGGACGACCUCGGCAACUCUCUUAUCGUUAGAUAGAGAUAUAUGUGAAGCGCAAGCCUCAGUGACUGAAUGCCCAUGUGUCCGUCUCCGGCGCGGAUAGGAGGCGCUGUGGUUGCGCUGAGCAAGCAUAGCUCAUAUUCAAGGUUGUAAAUCGCUUGCGAAGUAGAUACUCCUUUUGUAUCGACAGAGAAAUUGGAACUCAUUGCAUGGGAUAUGUCCCGCAGCGCAGCUACAAUAUGCGCCACAGAAAGAAUCGCUUCUGGGGUAUCGAAACCGUGAGCUGCUGCAGCUCUUGGUGGCAGCCUCACAGCACUGCGCGGCUGGGAGAAUCGAGGUUGACAGCGUCGAAGGUUUGCAUCGCAAAAGUCAGCCCUUGUAACAGAUUAGCAUGUAACGAGUAGAUCAGGUUACUUUUUCAUUGGUAGGUAGUACCAUGUAGCAACUCGUCCAAACACACUAGGGACAUUCUCGAUACCGCCUCGGCUGGUAACAAUAUGUUCUAGCCCGGCCAUGUGCAGCUCUGCUGCUGCAAAGUUCCCGCUAAGAUUCUGUUACAAGUUAGUGACUUGAGUAUCGUUAGCCUGGCUAGCGCGUGGAUCGUAGAAGACAUACCUCGGCGGCGGCCACAAUGGAAAUGGCAGCAACCACAUAAUCGUCUAAAGCCGACGAAGCGAGUACGUCAUUAAUGUACCGGAAUGCUGCGGCCCCAUGAUAAAGACUACUUCUGGAGCCAGCUGUUCCGCGUCGCAAGUCGAGUUCGAUGGAUAUAAUGUACGGAAUAGCAUAAAGCAUUGCGGGGCUGUCAUUGGCGUGCGAAAAGCAAUUCCACUCAAACUGAAGGGCUACCUUGUUCAUCCUAUAUCCAUGGUGG